GUUUACUUUUGGCUGUUCUUGAGGAGCCUUUUGACAGUAAAAUCUUGUCCCACUGUUUAGAAGAUGAACACACCAUAAAGAAGCUCUUGUUCAUUUUUUUUUUUACCUCGAGCACAAUGGGGAGGAAACCAAAAUCUGCAGAUCAUCACAAUCUUCAGGUUCAUGACAGAACUAAUAGCAUACCAGUCACAAAGAGAUAUAUGAAGGUCCGACAGUCAGAGCGCCUAAAGAACAUAGCACGAACCCGUCGUGCUGAAAAGCUGGAGAAUGGAGAUGUUAAUGAGCCAAUAAAUCUUGAGGAAAGUGAGAGAGAUGAUGAGCUAGAAAUUGUUCAAAUUGAUGAGAUUGAGGAGCCUAUCCCCUGUGGCAAAAGUUUGGAAGAAAAAGUCGACCAACUUGUGGAGGAUGUCGAAAUAUUAAAGUCUAAGGUUAAUGAGCGAGACUUUCCAACUGAUGGCUCUUCGGAACUUAAAUACAAAACCCUUUAUAUACGCUCUCAGAAAAAGAUUCAGUCAUUGGCAUUCGAAAAUGGAAAGCUCAGCAAUCAAUUGUUAAUUGCUCAUGCAAAGAUUGAGAAGCAUGAAAAUGGGAAGGACUUUGUAGCCAAAUUGAAGGAGGUCCUGGAAUCAAAUCUGACAAAGGCAACUGAAACAUUAGUAAAACUAUCUUCUCAAGCAGUGUUUCCUGGGUCUCCUCAUCCUCCUCAUCCAGAUCGUGUGAUUGAUUUGGAAGUUCAAGCCCAUGAAAAAAGGCAAAAGAAAGGAAGCAAAUAGCACCAGAAUUGUAGUUGUCGAUUGAAAACUAUGUUAGUUGUCGAUUGAAAACUCUGUUAGUCAGCUGUAUCUAUGAAAACUACGUGUUAACUACGUUGUGAUGUAGUCCCAUGAUUUACUUAUCAAGUACUUA